CGUCGACUUGCCUCUGAAUUUCUUAGCCUACGAGACUCUAACACCAGCCACAACAUCUGUCGAAGGAAUUUUACCCACAUCUCUCUGGGUUUAAAAAUUCUUGAACAAUUUUUCAAACGAACGAGAUGUCCGAAAAUACGACGUCAUCACAGAAACGAGUGCUCUUCAAGGACGACUUGGACGUGAACACUGGAGGACCCGUCUACCCAAAAUCUCCAAUUUCGAGGUCGCCCAGAAUUACGAAAACAUCGUCAAAUAUUCCUCCAUCUUUGAGUGGCCAAGGGUCAUCGAAAUUCCGUCACAAAUCUCCGACAAGCAGACACCUGUCUCCGCAUCGUUCAUUGUCGAAGAAUGAGCUGAUUCUUGACUGGGAGGAUGUGAACAAUUCUGUCCGGAAGACCCAAUCGACUGCACUUCCAGCCAUUGUACAAACACCAUGGUCAAGGAGUACAACAGUAUUGACACCCGAUCUUAAGGUGGAAAAUCAAAACAUUGAAUCUGAUGAUAAGACUCGUGAAAGAAUUGUGAAAUGGAUGAUGCUCCGUCGUGCAAAAAUUUACUUCAAUUUCGAGCUCAUUUUUAUCAUUCUCAAUUGUAUAAUGUUGGCUGUAGGAUUUGUCCAUGUAGGAGCAGCAAUAAUUCUGUCAAUAUCGGAAGACACUGUUUUACUCGUUGUUAAUUAUUGGUAUUACGUUGCAUAUGCGAUAACCUUGUACAUUGACGCAGUUAUUCUGAUAGUCUUGUCAUUAACUGGAUUCUGGCUGGCUUACCGUAAAUCAUGGAAAAAAAAUUUUAUCGCCUGCUCUCUGCACCUUAUUGGAAUCAUAAUUAUCCUUGGCACAUACCAAUACAAGAUUCACUCUAAUGUACAGAGCAACGUUCGACGAAAUAUGAUAGCGAGUAUGUUAACGAAAACAGAAAUGUCAACGCAGACAAGAGCUGGCUGGGAUACAAUCCAGAAAACGUUUAAAUGCUGUGGCGUCGAUGGGCACAUGAAUUGGUGCAUUAGACCUCGGUACAAGAGGAAUUUAGAUUAUCUAUUGGGCAUGUAUGUUUGCAGUUUACCAGUAUCAUGCUGCAACAAAGACAUUGACGAGGUACUAUCUUCCGAAAAAUUCAACCAGAAUCCCAAAUUCGAUUAUGUAACUUGUGCUGUUCUGCCGUUGCCAUCAAAAGUCUAUAGCGCUGGUUGUUUCGGGCUGGUGAACCGAGAGAUUCAGUACAUGAGCAAUUUAUUGAAAAUCAUACACUUCACACCUGCGCUACUCUUGUUCCUCUCAACCUUCACCGCCGCGAUACUUUCCAUCGUGCAAAUCGAUAUUUAGUACAGCCCUGAAAAAACUUGUGGAUUCGAUGUACAUCUGUGAUACUAUACGAUUAAAGGGUUGACAGAAAAAUUGUUUAUCAACUUUUGAAACAGCAACGAAAGAAACUUCGCAUCGGUAUUUCAAUAACUUCAAAUAUCGAUUCCAAACCCAUUCGAUGGACAAGAUUGAUGAACCCUCUGGAGCUUACACUGCCAGCAUGGCCUGUUCUGUACCUGAUUAUCCAUGCUAUUCAUUCAAAAUCUUUUCGUAACACAUCCAACCCGUUUAUAAUUUAUCCUCUGAAGUGUACUUCAAUCAGUUUAAUAGUUGUUACUUUGCUUUGAAAUCCUAUCUGCCAGUACAAAUAGUUCAUCCAAAUUGGCAUAUCCCAAUCUCAGUAUAGCUUCCAAUCAUCUCUCUCGUCCUCUUUGAUAGUCCUCAACGAAGGCAUUUCUUAUAUUUGGUUAACUUGUGGCUUGUUCCUCCAUACUCAGACGCUCUGUUCUGAAUAAACUCUAUUUUUUCGCCAAAAACUUAAUUGAACCAGCGAGGAACUCGAAAGACAAUCGAGAAGCAUCAGGCUGUUCCGUUUGUUUCAAAAUUGAAUCGAUUGAUAGGACAUGAAUAAUAAGAUUUUGGUAUGAUCAAAAUACUACAAGGAUGACGAAUGUAUCAAGAUUUUGUAAUUUUCGUGACGCACGAUUGAAAAACGAACACACAUUUCUCGAUCGACGCAUUUUCCUUUUGUCAAUAUACCGUUUUCAAACGGAUGAAUAGACGAGAGCAAUUCGUGUCAGAGGGUUCGUAGAGAAACGCGUGGCCACGGGGUUGCACGGGUUCGCUUAUGUGAGCAUUCAUACGAGCAAAAACUAUUCGCAAAGCUGUGCAUAGCUGUGGUUAUACGCGCAUUGCGUGCACCGUUUGCAGCAUCCGGGCUCCAUGCGUGGGUCUCACUUGCGCGACCUCGAUAUGAUGCGGAAAUCUGCAGAGUGCUCGGUCAUCUACUUACGAUGUGAAAUUAUAGCGUUUCCCGUAAUUCUUGCCGACAGUCCCAUGGUUUAGAACCUGCGCGUGUUCCGAGCUGCUUGCGUUACGCGUACAGCUUAGUUCGCACGAUCGGGAGAAAAAAUGAAUGAAACAUCCGUGGACUCGAAAGAUUUUCCAAAAUUAAAAAUUUUUAGUUCAAGUUUUCCUUAAAUUUUGGACGCUAACUUUGUCCAUAUUUUUCGUCUCUCAUCUUUAAAAUUCGAGUCUCUUACAAAUUACGCUUUAUCCUCACGUUUCCAUAAAACAUCCGGUUGAACAAUCGUAACUGACUAAUUAAAAAUCUCGAGAUCGCAUUACGGACGAAAUAGAAAUUAUUUUCAACAAAACAAAUGUACAAAGAACAGCACGAUUUGGGUUCUCACUUGGGACAUUCAAAUUGACUUCACCAUUGUGUUAUCUUCGUGUAUGCACGGACAAUAAAAAAUUAUACAUUUUUUAGGUAUUAUUUAACUCCCACUAAUGGUCCGAGGUUGAUAAUGUUUCCGGAAUCUCCAGGCACAGUUGGCAUCUCGUUUCCUAUAUAAAGAGGGAAUGCUCUGAAAAAAUGAAUUUCAUUGGCACGACGAAAAGCUCGAAAAUGUUUCGAAACGUGGCUCUAGUUGUUCUCGUUGGGCUCGCAUCAUGCGUAAUGGAAUAUUAGCUUUCUCGAACCACUCAAUCUUUUCUUAAACACAAUUUUUCAUCAUUUUAGGCUCUCGGAGAUCCGGAAGAUGAACAAUACCAAGCAACACUCUUAAAAUGUCGAAAAGAAGCUGAAGAAGCCGAGGGCGGAUCUAAUCCAUGGUCUCCCCAAUUUCACCGCAACCGGAUGUGUAUUCUUGCAUGCACGUACAAAAGUUAUGGACUGGUGAGAUGAUGCAAAUGAAUGUGCUGCUCUCCGACAACUUUAUCGUUGACUCUUGCUUUGAUAAUUUUUUUUACUCCAUUUUACCUUCGACGUGCAACGACGAAUAAUCGUUUGAUUCGCUGUCACAGCUCACAAAAGAUGGAUCAUUUAACAUUGAAAAAGCUGUAAGUGAUUUACCCUCAGAGAUCCCCAACCGUGAACGGUUCGUCGCUGCGAUCAAUGCAUGCGGAAACGAAACAAUGUCCAUCGACAAUGUGUGCAAAAUGAUUAGGAAGGUUCCCGGUGUCUUUCAAAGAAGUUUGUAAUAAGUAAAUUUAAUAACGAAUUUAUUUCGUCAUUGUCAUGACAUCAGGUUGGAUAUAAGCAAAAUAACACGAAACCCUUUUUUUCCUCAUGAUUGCUUUUGAAAAAACGUUUUGAUCUUAUUCAGGUUCCCAUUAUGCCGGGACAAACAAAACAUGUUACUAGGAUGUGGAAAUGUUUCGAGGAAAAUGACAUCAAGGGCGGAAACCUUACAGGAAUCCCAUGGAAUGAUAAGAGGGCAAAGUGCACUCAUGCAUGUAUAAUGAAAGAUCGCGGAGACAAUGAAACUGAAUGAUCUUCCACAAUCUUAUUAUUUGCAUGACGAUGAAAAACAGUAGCUCAAGGAAGAUGGAACUUACAACGUUGAAAAGGCGAUUGAAGAUUUGCCCGAAAAUUUACCUGAGCGUAGCGGAGUUGUCGAAGCUUACACCGAAUGCGGCACUAUAAGUAAAAUUUUGUUUCUAUCGUCUGUUUGGAUCUUAAAUGCAUUAUUCUCGGCUUUGAUUGUUUGUCUGGAUUUCUAGAAACUGAUGAUAAAUGUCAAACUGCUUUCCUCAUCAAUGCAUGUCUUCGCACAAUGGAAGUGAGAUGUUAAAAAUUUCAACCAAACGACGUAGAAUUCUGUACAGAAAGUUUGAAGAGGUACUUCCAAUCGUUUAUUUGAACUGUAACCAGGUUUCUUCUCCACAGCAACGUGGUUAUCGUCGUCAUGGUGGUCAUUAUUAGAAUCGGUUUCAACAAGCAUGGAAACAACAUCUGCUACAGUGGCGUUACGGAAAAACACUUGAAAUCGAAGCUGCUGUACAUUCCAUUCCCGUUUGUUUGGAAUAGCAAUCGACGACUGCAGUUGCAACGUCUUUUAGGGAUACUGCCAUGGAAAUUAGAUUGGAAAUGUUGAGUGGCAAUAAUCCUUGUCUUUCCAACAAAACAAAAUCUCAAUAUUGUCAAUGAUCGAGCAAACGAAGGUUGUUUUCGAGAUGACCGUCAUUCUGAAAAUUAGUGGGAGCAGCGAGUGCUUUAGCUGCUUCACCCAUUCACGACAGCACUUGUAACUGGAAGUGACAACAAAAUUCGUGACGUCAUCAUGUUCUGCAGCGCUGACACAGAGCACUGAACACAAUUAUUGGACGUAAUUUUACGUGGUGACAGCGCUGACAGCAGGCUUUUAAAUGAAGUUUUUAUGUUUCCUAAGUCAUAGAAUCUGGCGUUUUAGUACCGACUCCCCGAACAACGCGUUUUUGGAAAUUUUCCUGUUGGUCCCUGUCUCGGGUAGCAAAUUUGAAAAAAAUGUUGACUCUGUUGAGACAAAUAUUGGAUUAUUUUGACAUCAAAAUUUCGCCGAUGGCUCUGAGCCUGAGAAACUUUUGAGAGAUUCACCUCACGGCUACAUUUUCGAGGUUGUCCUCCAAACAUUCUCACAGAUUCACUAAUCUGUUAUGCAUCAGUCGAACAAAGCUCUUCCUAAAAAUUAAUUGUCGUCUACAUUAUUUAUCAUAGCAAACGCUAUUCGCUGAAUUUCAUUUUCUAUAAAAUUGAUUUUCAAAAGCAAUUUUGUCGUCAUUAUUGUUAAGUCGUUCAUUUAAAAAUUUCAAAACCAAACACUAUUCGAACUCGAUCGAACUAUUCCUAACUCUAAAUUUAGCUAUAUUGCUACGUCGAGUUCCAAAGCAUGAGGUCUCUCAUGCUUUCAAUUUCAUUUCGAUCAUCUUAAUCAUCAAAUUCUACUCGAUUACUUUUCAAUAGUUUUUUUUUCAUAUUUGAUACGAAUUGGACAGGUCAAUUAUGUUUUUCAUAAUUUCGAUCAACUUUAUCGCUAUUUGUAUAUUUAAAUGGAAAUUUGAAUAUGCUAAGAUCGUAUAACAACUGUGGAACAUAGGAAUAGCAGUUCUGUUUAAACUAGGAUUAAAAAGAAGGAAAAAAACCAACGAGAACCAUCCAUAAAUUCAAAUGUGCUGUUCGGUUGACACUUGGU